GUAAAGAAAAGAACGACGCCGUGCGAACUGGGAAGUGGGCGAAGUCACGAAACGUUCCCCAUAACAACGAAUCGUCUUCAAGCCCAAACCCCGUUUCGGUGCACUGCUGAAACGCUCUGCAUCUGCUGCUGAAGCUGAUCGCCAUAGUACCUCUGAGCUUCUUCUUCCUGUGCAUUCAAGUCCACAGCUCCAGCAGCAUACUUCAACACAAUCCUCCCAUUCUUGCUUUCCAUCGAGAGAGAUUUCAAUUUCUGUCUCGGCGGUAGCCAUAUCAAUCUCGUGCAGUUCGCUGCCACCUGCUGUGCCCGGCCCUGGUCUCGGCGGUGAUCCCCGCAUCGACCUGCAGUUCCCUGCCUCUGGCUGUGCUGGCCACCGCGCCGGCUGGGGAUAGAUUGAGGAAGCUGGGCCUGCCUCUUUCAGUGCUGGACACCGCGCCGCCUAAGGACAGCUUGCGAAACUUGGGCCUAGUCCUACCGAGUGUUGAGGCUGCUAGUGAGGGCCCAAUUAUCUCACUACCUAAAUUGCUUGUGGACAACCCACUUUGUUUUAUUCCACCAUAUCUGUUUGUGGCCAGCCCACAAGACUCUCUACCGAUGUGUCAAUUAAUUAGGUAGGUUGGGGCUGACCCGUUAUUUCUAAUAAUUUAUCUAUCCCCUUGUGUCAGGUGACUACAAUAGCGCGUAUAGCGGAGGAUCAAGUGGUUGAAUUUUCACUCGACGAAGUCCAAUCGGUGAAAUUUUGAACUUCGAGGACUCUUUUGGGGAGAUUAUUCUCGGAAACCACAUUCACUCCUAGUGAGUUGAGGGAGGGCCUGCUUGAGGCUUGGCGGGUGCAAGGAAACCUUCGGGUUUCGGCCACUAAAUUUGGCCUAUUUGAAAUAAUUCUCCCAAGUGUGGAGAUGAGGGUUUGGCUUCUAAAAAGAUCUCCAUGGAUUGUUAAGGACAAGAUUCUCCACCUUCGGUCCUGGACACCCUCUAUCACAAGGCCUAUUUUUGAUGAUUUGGCCAUUGCUCCAUUUCGUGUUCAGCUAUGGAAUGUAAAAGAAGACUGUUGCACGAAGCAGUUUGGCCGGAAAGUGGUAGCUGAGAUUAUUGGUCAAGUUUUGGAGGCUGAUGUCUUUACUUCCAAAGACACUGAUGAACGCUUUGUGAAAGUGCAUGCUCUCAUUGAUUUUACCAAACCUUUGCGGUCUCAAUUCAUGGCGGUUAGUGAAGAGAUUGGAAGCUCAAAGCCGAAAUGUGUUUUUGGCCCCCCUACUGGCAAGGAACGUUUUGGAUCGCACAUGUCUACACGCAAGCCAGGAAGGAAGAUUUAUCGGGAGGAUGAAGAUUACCCUCAGUUCCGCAAUGUCAGCAAAACAGUGUGGGUGAAUAGAAAUACCCAAGUGCUCAAUAAUGGGGGCGAGAAGGUUGCUAGCAGAUUUCCGGGUACUAAUACCCGCCCGCAUACCCAAGUGGCGUCUCAUCCUCUCUCAAGAGAGCCGAAAACUCAGAAGAAGAGAGAGACACAGACUCGGUUACACGACCCAAAUAAUAACCCCCUUGGGAGUCGGGCUAGUCCUAAGCGUUUUGUCUUCAAGAUGUCACCUCGGGUUAAGAUUGAAAGUGCUCGACAACAACAGAAGAAGGCAUCACCCAGAAAGGUUAUACCUCCUCCCUGGCAGGGCACUAAGGGGCGCCAGCAGCCUGGUCGGCGUGCCAAGCAGGCUUCACAAUGCCAGCAGGUUGUGGGCCAUAUGGCGGAAGCUUUCGAGCAAUCAAGGAGGCGCAGGCUGAUUUUACAAGAGGAAUCUGAGGAGGAGGAGGAGGAGGAGGAGGAGGAGGAGGAGACCAUUGGCGGUGGAUCUAACCCCCCUAUAAUGCUGCGUGCUCCUGUUGGUCCGGCGAAGGACCCUAGCACGAAACUCAGGGCUCGCCCACGUCUUCGAAAAGGAGGAGCAGACUUCCCUCUUAACUUGUCCCACAUGGAUGGGGGCUCUACUCCUUCUGGUGAUCUGCUUGACUUGGAGGAGAAGGAAUUUGUUGCUACUUUGGAAGAUCCUGUUGAUGUAGAUCAACAACAUGACUUUGAUUCUGAUGAUGAUCAGGCAACUGAGGAUCAUCACUCCUUCGAGAUAAAGCGACAGUCGCCAGCCGAGGACUCCAUGAAAACUCGCCAUAUCAUGAAAAGGCGUGUUCACCAAGUGGUGGAGGCAUUUGAAGCUGGGUUAGUUAUUGCAAGGGAGGAGGAUGGUGUGGACAAUGGAGUGAAUUCAAGGCUGAAUGAAUACAGGUCUAAUAUGAUGGACCCUAUCAUGGAGAAUCGAAAACGAGUGCUUCAUGAGUUGGAGGGGGAUGUGGGUAACCCUCCUACCCCAAAGAAAUAGUUUGUGGAAUUGAUUCAUGAUCUGGAUAAGGUGGAGGAAGACAGCCUUGAAUGGCCCCAGGAGGAUAAAUGAGGCUUCUUGCCUGGAAAGUGAGAGGAAUUGGGUCGUCCCUCACUUUCCAAACUGUUGUAGUGCUUGUUGAUUCUAAUAAAUCGGAUCUCGUGUUUUUUUGGGAGACACGAUCGAGCCGACGUGUAGUGUCCCGCCGUAUGCGGGGUCUAGGUUUUGCUCUUUCUCAUUGUUUUUUUUUGUAGAUGCAGUCGACGCAUCGGGAGGUUUAGUAGUUGCUUGGGCCCCCAGAGUUGACACUUUGGUGCUUUGUCAUUCAAAUUUCUAUGUUUGUCGCAAAUUAAUGAAGGUGAUUUUUCUUA